CGAUAUACCACGCAGGAUCAUGCGAGUCAAGGUUCUCUACACGUUCGACGACCAGAACAAGUCCAAUUGUUUGGCUCGCCUUCCCAACGUGUUGAGCAUCCCCACCGUCUCCCUGGAUGAGACUACUCAGGUGGGAGUCAUAGAGCUUAAGACAUGUAUCCAGGCAAUCGUGGCGGCAAGUCCGGAACUAGUUGCCAAACUUGGUCACGAUUUUACCGUCUACGCAUAUGAUUAUUCUGAGUACGAAACACCCCUCGUUGGCCAAGGCAUGCUCUCGUGGAUCCUCGCAUCGGCAUCCACCACUCCUAAUGCCCCCGCGCACCAGUCCCAGACCAUGGUCACUGGUCGCGUGUGUAAGAACAUUCUUGGACUGUUCUCCAAUGGAGUGAAAGAAACGCUUGAGGUUAAACUGAAGCUCGUACCUGUACCAACGUGCUUGCAGAGGGAAUACGUCGAGAACCUAGAACGCUAUCACAGCUUAAGCAAGGUCAUGCCGGAAGGGCUUAAUUACAGCGCUUGGGCGGACUUCUUGAAGGCGAACCCUGCUAUUGGCCAGCUAGCACAGCCAACGUCGGAGGAUACGCUACAGAGGAAUCUUCCUAGCUUUACAGGAGGUGUGGAAUCGAUACAUCAGAUGCUCACGCGACCAUCCUCCCAGGAAGAAGAUUUGAGGACCGAUAGGUACUAUGAGCAACAAGGAAUUCCACAUAGCGCACACGAAACGAGGGCUUCUAGCCCUGCAAUGAGUACGGCUUCAUACAACCCUUUCCAGGUCGGCCAGGACUCGCGCCCGGCCUCUCGAGCGUCCGUUCGAAGUGACACCGCUGCUCACACUCGGCGCUACUCUUCCGUAUCCCACACUACGCAAGAUCGAAGUGAAGGGCCACCUAAGAAGAGAGCAUGUGUCACGAAGGCACAGAGACCGAAGAAAGCACCCUUGGCUACGAAGAACGAUUCACUAAGAGUCGCCGCUAGCACAGCAGCAUCUGUUCGAUUGCACAGGCCGGUCCCAAUUAAUCCCGCAGCAGUAAUGGCUACGGUUGAGCAGAUCCCACGAGCACCGACUCCCCGUCCCGAAGAAGCAGGCUUACCUCAGUCACGCGGUCCGGCCCGCCUUCAAGCCCGCCCUCCAGCGCCGAGCACACUACGACAGGCGUCAAUGGAUGAAGGCUCUACCUACAUCUCGCCGUAUAUGGAACCGAGUGUCUUUUUGGAUAAUGCUGUUGAUUCCGCAGAUGACGAAAGAGGUGGCAGUCCAGUAGAGACGCCUAUAGAGAUACCUUCUUCGCCUCCAGUUAUGCGUCAGCGUAUCGCAUCGUCAGCACCGUCAAGCCCUGGACUACCGACCUUACCAUGCCCAACCGAUUCUGGAUUCGUGAGUGACCUAUCUGCAGGACGGGACGAAGAUGAAGUGGAUGGAAGUGGGACAUGGGAGGGUAGUGAUCUCCCGGCGACAGCUGAAGUGAGGCUACGAGGAAGACAAGACAGAUCACACCACCCUUGGACGGAAGUUACUCCAGGCCCAAUGGAUCUGCUCCCUAAAGCUUACAUUCCGAAACCCAAGACAUAUCCUCGACCACGACCUGCGCCGCCAGCCACCAAGUCCGACAUACCAGUAGACGAUGCGCGGUUCAAUCGGCCGAGAGAACAGUCAGUCAGUUCUUCCAAAGCAUCAGAAGAGAAGAUUUCUACAUCAUAUCAAGGCAGAAUGUACCCUGUGGCUGGUUGGAGUAUGACUUCUGCUAAUCUUAACCCCCAACAACAGCCUAUAGUAGGGAAAUUGUUGGAUCCUUCGGGAUUCUCUCUUCCCAUGGAGAAUCCAUGUAUGAGCCAGACACCGCAGACGCAGCCAAGAGAUAUCGCGCGGCAGCCCAGCACGGAUGCCGGCUCACCAAAUAUGACCGACGCAAGCUUCCCCGUACCCUUGUCUGUCAAAACAUACUCAGCUGAGGCAUCAAGUCGCUCAACGACUCCAAACCCCUUCCCACCAAAACAGACCAAACCUUCCAAACCAAGAGGCCUUCCGAGAUCUCAGACUUGGUCUGGAGAACCUAUGUCAGAUGCGGCGGUUCCCUUUGAAGGAAACCAUCGCCAACCGCGGAGCGGCUCUGGUGCCAAACGAAAACAGACUAUAAUAAACAAACUAAAUGCAAGGCUCGAAGCCGGAGAGACACCAGAUUUCUGCGGUAACUGUGGCGAGAUAGAGACACCCACCUGGAGAAAAUGCUUUGCGCGAUUAGAAACAGGAGACCCCACCAAUGUCGAGAUUUCCACUGAUGGAAUUGGCAUUGUAGGACUCGAUGCAAUCGUCCGACGAGAGGGUGAAGAUGGCCCUCAGCAGUACCGUAUUUUCAAACAAAUAUUGGACCUAGAAGAAAAGGAUUCGGAGACAUUUGAAAAAAUCGUACUGUGCAACCCUUGCGGACUAUGGUUGAGCAAGAAGGGCUGCAUGCGGCCCCCCGAGGUCUGGAUUAAAAACCAAUCGAAGCCCGCUGGAGAGAAGCCAAAGCGAAAAAGGAAUCCCCCAAAAGGUCCCCGGAAGAGGGCGAAGGCAAAUGACGACUUCACAUCAGAUGCUCCCGUCCUACACUCCGAGCCUGUUAUGCCAGAAGCCCAUGGAAGUACUUCUUACUUGACCAAUAGAGCCGCAGAUAUACAAGCACAACAGCCCCUCCGCUGUCGAGCUUUGAGUUUCCAAGCCAAUGACACUACUACAGGAUCCCAGCUAGACCAGGUUGCUGCAACAGCGGCCUUGCGACGAGCUAUUCAGUCCAGUCCGGUUGCAAUGCGAGGGUGCAAGGAUACACCCAUCGAUGUUGAAUCGGAUCUGACACCGAGACCAACGCGACGACUUCUCUUUCCUUCACCACGAAAAGCAGGAGAAGUAAAAUCCCUUGACAAUAGCGGUCCCGAUGUGUCUCCAACUAGUAAAGCAGCUUCAGAUGCGGCUAAACCUACCAUACAAGCCCCUGGCACGAACACAGAUGAUAAUGACAAGGAGAACUGCCCACCGCCGACAAAUCUAGACGAUGACGACCUAGCACACUUAUUCGAAGAACCAAUGUCCCCUAAGACAACUCCCUCAAAAGGUACUCCUCUUCAUGACCUUCUCAAGACUCCUACACAAGGGUCACGAUGUCGUUCCGCGCCCACCCCCAAGCGUGGGUCGGAGACUGGCUCUGAUCCCUUUGGCUUGGGUCUUACGACACCUACACGAAACCUUACGACACCUAAUCGCAUAGGAAAAGCGGCCACAGUAGCGCCUUUGACCCCUUUCACGGCCCAACUUAACGCACUUCUUUCAGAUGGCCUCCAGAGCUCGCCAUCCCAUGCUAUCGACUUCUCUGCUUUCCCCUCUUUCAAUACGCCAGGUCGUUUGACUGCCGGCAUCCAGUUCUGCGACUUCACUGCUGAUGAUUUUUUGUCCAGCGAUUUGCCUAUGUCGAGCUCGCCCCCUGGAGGGCUGGGGUUUUCGCUGUAUGAGGACCCGGCAACAAGCACGGCGGGAUUGUGGAGUGGAGCGAGUAUUUUCGAGGGGAGCGAUGGGGUUGUCAUGGAAUGCCAGCAGGAUGGAGAUCAGCUGGAUAUGCGGCAGAGUGGGGGUGGCCUGAAGAAUGACGCCUCCGUCGAUUUCGCGGCUAUGAUCGAUGAGGUUGUUGGGAAUGGACAUGGAAAUGCGGCCGCUCAGGGUCAGGGUCAGGAUCAGGAACUGAAAUGGGAACAUGAACAUGAACAUGAACAGGUGAAAGAGGCCGAGAUGCCCACACAGUAA